AUGGCGCCCAGCAGAGCUUCAAUCGCGCUUCUCCAGCGGUCCUUCAUCACAGCACAUCCCGCGUGCUUGAUUUUGGACGUUUUAAGAUCAAGGUCGUUACUUGUGUCGGUUCCUGCCAGGAGAUUUUUGCGGUCGGCAUCUUCGACGACGACCAAUGGCUCAGGCGCGGCGGCAAAAGUUGCACCGUUGGAUGGCGUACGGGUUUUGGAUAUGACGAGAGUUUUGGCUGGCCCUUACUGCACGCAGAUUCUGGGAGAUCUCGGAGCAGAAGUCAUCAAGAUCGAACAUCCCACUCGAGGCGACGAUACGAGAGCGUGGGGUCCACCUUACGCCAACUAUAAGAACGAUGCUUUAGUAAAAGGAGGCCGGCCCGGCGAAAGUGCAUAUUUCAUUGGUUCAUUUCGCAUGAAACAGGUCAAUCGUAAUAAAAAGUCCAUGGCUUUGUCUUUCCAGCACCCCGAGGGUGUCAAGAUUCUGCAUGAGCUGGCGAAGACGUCCGACGUUUUGGUUGAGAAUUAUAUUCCAGGAACUGAUGAAUCAUGCUACGGACAAACAGGACCCUAUUCGCCACGGGCGGGCUACGACGUAAUGGUGGAAGCGGAAAUGGGACUGAUGCACAUAACAGGCGAGCGAGACGGAACACCCGUGAAAGUCGGGGUCGCAGUGACCGACCUCACCACAGGACUGUACACAUGUAACGCGAUCAUGGCGAGUCUCCUGGCUCGACAAAAGACCGGGACAGGGCAACAUCUGGACGUGGCGCUCUCAGACUGCCAAGUCGCAACACUGGCGAACAUCGCGAGCAGCGUGCUGAUCAGCGGCGAGCGUGACGGCGGGCGCUGGGGCACAGCGCACCCGAGCAUCGUGCCAUACAAGGGGUUCAAGACGUCGGACGGCGACAUCAUGCUAGGCGGCGGUAACGAUCGGCUGUUCGGCGUGAUUUGCGAUAAGCUGGGGAAGGCCGAGUGGAAGACGGACGAGCGCUUUGUCACGAAUGAUCGGCGCGUGCAGAAUCGUGUGGAGCUGGAGCACAUGAUUGAGCAGAUUACAAGGACGAAGACCACCAAGCAAUGGCUUGAUGUGCUUGAGGGAUCGGGCAUGCCGUAUGCGGCUAUCAAUGAUGUGAAGGAUACUCUGGAUCAUGAGCAUGUCAGGGCGCGUGGCAUGGUCAGUGAGGUUGAGCAUCCCAGCUGCGGGCCCAUCAAGUUGGUGAGCCCCCCAGUCAAGUAUAGUGAGAGUGCGACGGGCAUUAGAUCGCCACCCCCGACGCUGGGACAACAUACGGACACGGUAUUGACGGAGAUUUUGGGCUGGAGAGGGGAGGAUGUCCAGCGGUUGAAGGAUCAGGGCGUUGUGGCUUGA